AAAAGGCUAACAAACAAAGAUUCAUGUGAGCUAUGUCAAAUAAUUACUGAAGAUUCAAUAAGAUUAACAAAUACACUUAGUCAGAUAUGAUUGACUGACUGAAUAUCAAACAAGAAUGAAAUUUAUGAACUGGUGUUGCUCCAUCGUUCUUUUUGUUUCUUGUUUUUUCAACAUCGUUAAUUGUAAAUAUAUACGCUUCAAGGGGAAUUAUGAGUACAGUUAUCACUACAUCUCUGAUUCAACCAUACAUGGAUUGGGAAACUUCAAGACGGAUGCAAAGAUUAGUUUCACGGAAGUAAAUAAAACAAACGAGCUGCUUGAAGUUCUACUGAAAGUCUACUCAUUUUCGUUUGUCUCGGAGGAUCAUGAAGGAAAGGGUACAGGAUCAGAAAACUUAGAUUUUACAGAGUGGUUCUCUUUUGAAAUUAAUUCAUCAGGAGAAAUAACCCGCGUUUAUCAUGAAUCGGGCGAACAUCAUGAUGUGUUGAUAGCUAAGAAAGGCUUCGCUUCUUUGUUGUCAUCAAAACUACAGGCUCCGGAUAAUACUGCAAAAAGUGAAUGGACUUAUGAAACUGAAGAAUAUGGAAAUGAAGGUCAUCAUAAUGCAUCGUACUCAGUUGUCAAGACUGCAGAUGGAAUCCAGUUUAAAAAAUUCAGACAUAGUACACCAAUACCUAAUGCAAAAGGUGUACAUCAAAAGGUUCUGCAUUUUGAUCACAAUCUGGGAACUGUUAAAAGAGUUGUGGUUGAAGAAGAAUUUACAUCUCCACAAAUGGCACCUAAUUUUGAUGCAGGAAAAGACAUGAGAAAAGUAAAAGCAAUGAAUGACUUCAGCACUAUGGAAAAUCCUACAAUGUCUGCUACAAACAAAGGAGUGUUAACAUUUCUGAAGAAAGAAUUAAUCAAGGAAAAACCAUACAGACCUGUAGAUGGCAUUUUAACUGACAGCAUACACAUUGGCAAUUAUCGAAAGAAGGAAUACAAUGCCCAAAAAAUUGCCCAGUUAAAAGAAAUGAUAAAAAAGAAGAUCUACUGCAUCAGGAUAGAACCAGCAGAAGGAUCCCCUGAAGUUGUCUCAUGUUUCCACAGUAUGCUAGAAGCUUUAACAUUGUUACCGGAUGAUGACUUAAAAGAACUGGCAAAAGAAUAUUUUGUCCUUAUUAAACCUAAUUUGGUGAGAUACCAAGAGGAAACAGAGAUUAUGAUAGAUGCAUUUGCCAGUUUGUCUACAGAUCUAAGUCAAAUAUUGUUAGCCAAGUUCAUCAUUUACUCUGAAGAACCAAAACCUGUAUUUAUUAUGAGACUGUUGUCACAUAUACCUACUUUAAGAAAACCGCCUCAUCAGAGUGUAUUACUUGCCAUUGAAGAUCUAUGCUUCAAUAGAAAUAAGUUUCCACAGUCAUUGUACACUGGAAAGCUGUAUCAGAGGGCAUUACUUACACUUGGUAUUGUGGUUAAUCAACUUUCCAAAGCUGGAGAUCAGAAAACUGCAUCAGAAAUCAUAGAAAAAGUCCAUCAGAAAUUAGGGCUUCAUGAUCCUUGGAGCUACAAAGUAAAACGUGCCACACAAACAACAAAACAACAGGAAGUACAUGAUCACUGGAACGUUGUUCUUCUAGAAACUUUGGGCAAUGCUGGAUUGGACUCUUCAUACGAUUAUAUUGUUUCUCAUGUCAAUACAACAAAUUCUCCAUGGAUAAAACGGGCCGGACUUAAUGCUCUUAGAAAAUAUGAACAUGAGAUGACAGCUGAUACCAUGCUGAAAACAGCUUUAUAUGAUGAAGAUGAAAAUGUUCGAUAUGAGGCCUUGUUAUUGUAUCAAGCACAUCCAAAAUCAAAAACUAUUUCUCCUCUAAAUAGCAGAUAUUCAGACAAUGGUAGCAGCAUAGUUGAUCCUUAUGCAUCAGACAUAAUUGAGCUUCAGGGUCACCAAAGACACAAGAGAGGAUUCUGGGAUGGAUUAGAGUUCAAACUAUCUUCACCUAGUGUAGACUGGCAGAAAAAAGUCGGAACCAAAGAACUUGGUGCAUCUUUUGGAAUAGUCAUUGAAAAUUACCUUGAUUUGAAAAUUGCUCCUUUGAGUGGCCAUUUUAAAGUGAGUGCACAUGAUGAAGCCUAUGCCAUAGUCCAUGUGGGAAUGAUUGGAAUCAAUAUUCCAUUUUUUGUUGCCAGACUGUGUUAUAAGGGAGAUACAUCAUACAAUUUCAACAUAUUUCAGGAAGGAAAUGGGAAACAGUUCAUUAAAAUGAUUCUUAGUUUUGAUAAAGUGAUAAAAGAUAUUGUGAAUGGUAUUAAGUCAGGUGUAGACCUGUUUAAAGAAAUCAUCAGUGGAAAAGGAAUUAAAGGCAUUAUAGACGACUUUAUAGCUGCUUUGGAAUCACUUCCACAAAAGGUUGCUGAUCUUCGUUCAAGAGCUAAAAAAGCAGUUGAAGCAAUAGGCAAGUAUGAUGAAAGUCAGCUACCUGCAUUCAUGAAACCAGUAAAGAACCUCGUUCACAGAGUAGAGAAACUAUUUAAUGACAUCAAGACCGAUGUCAUGACAUUUUAUAAUAAACUAGACGAAUUGAUCAAUGUAAAAUUACCAGUAAUGGGUGAUCAGCUAUAUCAAGGUGUAGUAGGGAUAAUUGAAGGAUUUAGGAUCAUUGGCAAGAACCCAAAGUCCUCCAUCUUUAAGAUUGGACUGGGAGUGUACCAGGUAUACUCAACUUAUAAGGAAGCUAUUAAACUGAAAAAUCAGAUACAAGAGGCGUGUUUCUUCUUGAAAGAUGAGAAGCCAUACUGGUGGAAUAUCAAUGUUGAAUAUAAAGGAAUUGUUGAGGAGGCUGAAAAAGCAAUAGAUGCAGUAAAAAUGGGAAGUCCCGAAUGGAUUGAAGAUUUCAAGGAAGAUCCUGUGGCUACAUUUACCAAAGGAAAGAAUACCACGUCCCAACUGAGAGAGACUAUAAAGAAUGAAAUCAUUACAACUAUAGAGGAGCUGAUGAAUCCUUUUAGAACCAUUCUAAGACAUCUUGCUGGUCCAUUUUUUGAAGCCUAUGAAACUGUUUUUGGGGUCAUCAAGUCAGUGAAAGAGGCUUAUUCUAUUCUAAAGAAAGGAUAUCAGUUGGGAAAGUCUUUAAUUGAUAGUAUUUUUGGAACUAAAGCACAUCCUGAUUUUCCAAGGACAGUUAGACUGGAUACUAAUGGUUGUAGAGGAAAAGGAUUUUAUCCCUCUAGGUUAAUGAACGGUGACCCAGAAUACUCCUACAGUGGGGUUGACCUAGAAAUAGAGACAGGAGAAAUAGUUGUAGCUCCUUUCUCUGGAUAUAUAAUGUUAACAGAUAAUCCAAAGGAGAUUUUGAUAAAAGCAGACGAAUCUCUAAAGAAUACUGAAAUUUACAUCACAAAUGUAGAUCCAAAAGAUACCAUCCUUCAUCCUUCUGAUGGAAAUUACAUUGAACAUAUGAUCUGGGGAGGUGUGACUAUUGGAACAGCUACAUCAUCACCAUGUAAGAACCAUAUACAUCUGGCUAUAAAGAAAGAUGGAGGAUUUGUUGAACCAACCAGAUUUCUAGAAAGCAGACCUAUAUUUUUCCAGCCUUAUGUACAACAUUGUAAUGAUUACAAGCUGGAAAAAUUGGGUUACACAGUAGAUGCAGGUAAAAUACCACCAGAUGGAGAAGGUCAGAAAGAAGUGGACGAAACUCCAGAUACACAGAAUACUGAUGUUACUCCUAUAGAUCCUCCUGCUCAGUCAGAUAAUCCAGGCACAGAUAUGCAGACUAUUAAAGAUGAGCCUGAAGGAAUGUUUUCAAAAGUAAAGAGUGAAGUUAAAACAGGGAUUGUGAAUGGAGCUAAAGAAAUGUUUUCAACCCUUAUGAAGAAAGCCGACAGUUUUUUCAAGAAAUUCUCCUUAACUAGAUUAAAGCUUGGAUCCAUCAUUGAGUUUCUAGACCUCCUGGGAAUGACAGAAAGUAAACAAAAAUUGGCUGAAGUUCUCAAGAGUAUAAAGAAACUUAUAGAUAACAGACCAUGCUUGAACCCUGCUAAAGCUACAGAAGAAGAGUUGAAGCAAGAAUUAUUUGACAGAGGUCAUGCAACAACUGGAACUAGAGAACAGAUGAUUGCCAGACUUACUAAACCAGAUAACAGAUGUCCUUGGAUGGCUAUAACAACACCAGACAAUGUAUUUUGUACUUAUGACUCAAUGUGCUUAGGUGUAGAAUGUUGUCUAAAUGUCAAACUGUUCAUGUUCCUGUACACUAUUAAAGCCUACGCCAGAUAUGAUCCAUGUGACUACACUUUGAGUGUUGGGUUACAAGGUUACAAUUAUACUAUAAAGUUUGAUAUGGGAUAUGAUGGAGUUUCAGAUGAGAUACCUACAGGGUUUGAUGUUGGAUUGCUGGAUCUUGUCUGCUUGAUAAAGUAUGACAUACAGAAGACUGAUAUUGGAUUAAUUGCCUCGGUUGGUGUAGGGUUUUGUGAUAGUUCUGACACUGAUAACUGUGUGGUUUUCAUCAGUCUCCUAGCUAAUGCUGUAUUGCCAUUACCAAUAUGUAAAACUGACGGAACUAUCACACGGCCUCAAGAUUGUAAGACUAUUGAUGCUGUAGAUGUCAUUUUUGUAAUUGAUGAAUCUGGCAGUGUUGGAGAAAAUCAUUUCAGAGAUUCAAUGGCUGCCUUGGUUAAUUCUGUCGAAAAACUGGCUAUUGCUGAGAACUAUGUCAGAGUUGGAGUCAGUUUAUUUGCUGGAGCAGGAACAUCUAGGCCAUUGUUACAACUAAACUCUGAGUAUGAUAAAGAGACAGUCAAACAAGUUCUGAUAGAUGCAGUCUAUCAGAAGGGAUCACACACAGAAAUAGGUGAUGCUUUCCAGUAUGUCUGUGAUGAUAUGUUUGUACGUGAGAAAGGUGACAGAUCAGAUGCCCAGAACUAUCUUAUUCUGUUAACUGAUGGCAAAUCUAAUUCUGGGAAAAAUCCUGUCAAAGUUCAGGCUGCAGCAUGUAAAAAUAAGGCAAUAAGAAUUGUUACUGUAGGGAUUGGAUCAAAUACAGAUGAAGAUUUACUGAAACAGGUUGCCUAUUCUAUGCCUAAUUAUUAUCUAUCAACUGAUUAUGAUAAACUACCAGAAACUUUGCCUAAUCUGGUUAUUCAAACCAUGGAUUGUAGUACAGAGUGGGUUUUGAAUUUUGAGUACAAAGACUAUUUUGACCUAGAUGUCAUUAAAUCUAGAAUUGAAAAGGCAGCAAAGAAAAAGUUACUGGAAGCUGUAGGAAAAUUACAAGAGGAAUUAUUAAAGGCACUUGGACUACCAGAGGACUUCUUACAAAGCACUGGACCAUGUGUUAGACCUGACAAAAUGAAAUUAUCUCAACUUAAACAGGAGUUGGAGAAUAGAGGACUGAGUACAACUGGUUCUAAUGUAAAUCUUGUGUCCAGAUUACAAACUGAUGAUAGACGAUGUGAAACACUUGGCACUACCUUGUAUUUACCAGAAAUUACCAAUCCCUGGUUGAAAGAUCAUCUGUACUACUCAAUAUCCAAUGACUGUCUACGUUUGGAUGUCUGUGUCGACAUCUCUUUUACUAUUGGUAGCUUUAAUUAUUCCAAAUCCUUCAACGCUUUCCUUGAGCUAGAUUUCUGCAAGUUUGUGUUGAAUUAUGGGAUUGAGUCACAAACAAAAUCAGUUAUUCUUCUCAGUUACAAAUGGGGUAAACUAGAGACACUGACAGUUACAAAGGAUUUUAAAGUUCUGCUUUCCAUUGAUAAAGACACAGACAAGAAAGUAUUUAAAUUAGAUUUUGGUUUGAGAAUAUGUUUUGAGGGUGACUGCGUCAUAGAUGAGAUGUAUUUAAAGGACCAUGAAAUUCCUAUUCCUAUUUGUAAUGAAAAUUCCACAUUCUCAGGGGAAUCUAUCCUAGAAUUGGUACAGUCUAUAGGAGGUAAAAUGACAGAGGAUGCGUUUGAUUUGGUUUUGAAAUACCUUGGACUUGAUAAACAUUUUCAAACUGGACCAUGUAAUGUUCAAGAAGGACCAAAAGAUUGUCCUGUGACGAUUAACCCACAAAAGUAUCUGCCAGCCAGCAUAAGAACAAUGUUACAGUGUGAAAUGACAGAUAAUUGUUUUGGUUUGGAUUGCUGUAUAGACUUAACAUUCCAACUACCACUGGGAGAUAGCACCGUCACCUAUCAUAUACCAUUCUUGUUCAAAUUUGAACCAUGUGACUUUAUAGUUGAUGUCAGAUUUGGUGGAUAUACAUACAAGAAAGUUCUUCUAGAUUAUAAUUGGGGUGAGAAGAGUGUUCUGGGUAUUGGAAAUGGUGACCCAGCACCUGUUUCUAUUGAGUAUACUAUUGACAAGAUGGAAGGCAGUCAGGGAUUCAUAAUAGAUGCCAAGAUCAUUAUUUGUUUUCCUAUUGAUGGUGAUUUGUUCUGUGCACCUGAUGGAGGAAUUCACAUCCUAAAACAGCAAACAUUACCAGUGUGUUCUCAAGAGUUUUAUGACUGGAUAAAAGAUUGUACUGCUGUUACACCAGCUGAUAUCAUAUUUGUGUUGGACGAGUCUGGAAGUGUUGGCCAGGAGCAGUUCACUUUGUCCUUGGAAGCAAUAUCAGAGACCACAGACAAACUGGCCAUAGGGGAAAAUCUGAUCCGUGUUGGAAUGUCUAUGUUUGGAGGGACUGGUACAUCUAGAACCGGUUUUGAUCUGGAUACCAGCUAUGACAAAUCUGUAAUUAAUCAGAAUGUUCUUCAGAUACCCUAUAACAAACAAGGAUAUACCGAUAUUGGUGAUGCUUUGAGGUAUGCAUGUGAAGACAUGUUUGUUUCCAGUAAGGGUGACAGAGGAGAUGAUGUAAAGAACUAUGUAGUGUUGAUGACAGAUGGACAGUCAAACAGAGGGAGUACACAGACAGGAGUGAAUACCUGUAGAAAUAACGAUGUAACAAUCAUAGCUGUGGGGAUAGGGGAUGGUAUUAGCAGGACUGAGUUGUUAUCUGUUGUACAGGAUCCUAACCAUUUCAUCAAUACAACUUAUGUUGAAUUACACGAAACUCUACCAGACAUUGUUACAAAAUCUAUAGACUGUAGUGCAGACAUUUCAUCUUUCAUUUCUAAUUGGUUAAAACAAGCUGGUAUGGAAGUUUUGGGUGGAGUAAAAGAAGGUGGGAAACAACUGAUACUAAAAAGACUUGGUCUAUAUGAUUUUUUCAGUGGACCUAAUUGUGACAGGGAGAGAAAACCUUAUAUUCCAAAUGUUGGGGGAUGGAAUAAUGAGUGUCUGUUAGGAACAUUAGGAAUGCCAGAACUACCAGACAACAUGGCCUGCCAUUUUAAGGACACAUGUACUGGGAUAGAAUGCUGUAUAGAAGUUCCUGGUCUUGGUCUAACCUUACAUCCAUUCCUCAUCAUAGAUCCAUGUGAAUAUACCUUAAACUAUGGUGUCAACACAAUUAAUGAAACUAUCCAGCUUAUUAAUUAUGAAUGGGGAAAAACAGAAAAGAUUAACCUUGCUGGUGAUGUAAUACAACUACAACUAGUCAUUAAGAAGCCUGCUGGGAUGAAAAAGUUUAUAGUGUACCUGUCAGCCAAAGCUUGCUUUGAAGAAAGAUGUGUUCCAGAUGUCAAGAUAUUUGAUGGAACAGAGAUUCCUCAGCCUAUCUGUGAUUUGUAUGCUGAUUAUAGUUUUAAAAAGUUUUCCCUUUCUGAAUGGGCAAAUCGUGUUGGGACAGAUAUUAAGAGCCAAUUAAAGACAGAAUUCCGUACACUUCUACUGGAACAGUUAGGGCUGGAUGUUAUGUUGAAAAACCCAUCUUGUAACAGAAGUGAUGUUAUGUAUAGCCCAGCUGUAAAUGGUUGGAAUAAUGAAUGUUCAACACUGACUCCCCCAGCUUUGACAGGCCCAGUCUCCUGUUAUAUUCCAGAUUAUUGUACUGGAAUUGAUUGCUGUCUUGACUUUGAUUACCUAGAUUUACACCUGAAUUUCUACCUGUAUGUUGACACCUGUAAUUAUGUCAUCAGAGGUGGAAUAGAAAAAUAUACCUUUGAAUAUCAGCUACUGGAUUACCAGUGGGGUGAAGUAAAAGAAGAAAAAUUAGUAGAAAUAAUCAGAAUAAAGUAUAAAAUAGACAGACUAGAAGAACAAAAGAAACUAAUAGUAGAUGCUGAGUUGAAGAUUUGUUUAGAGAAAGAAGACUGUAGUAUAACAGUUAAACUAUUUGAUCAACAGCUCAUUUCACAACCUCUAUGUGACAUGGAGAUGGAUGGACAACUGUUAGAUAUAUCAUUUACUGACUGGGUAACGAAGCAAGGAGAAAAUAUUGGCAAAACUUUAACCAGUGCUGUAACUAAUAAAUUACUGGACGAAUUAGGUCUUACUAAGUUCAUGAACUCAGUUCCCUGUGAUAGAUAUGCUGGAAUAUUUGCUGACUCUGAAAAUGGCUGGAAUAGUAAAGAUUGUCCACCAGCAAGUAACCUGCCUCCAAUAGAAACUUCAAUGACUUGCUACAUUCCAAGUUAUUGUACAGGAAUAAACUGUUGUAUAGAAGUGGAUCAGAUUGGUAAAACUUUUAAUGUCUAUGCUCUGUUAGAUGGCUGCAACCAGAAGCUUACUUUGGGUAUUGAAAGAAGAAAAAUUGAUAUUUCACUGCUAAAUUAUAAUUGGGGUGCAACUCAAAUUUUCACACUUAUGGAUAUUAUUUAUCUGGAGUACUCAAUACAUGAUUUGAAAGGAGAGAAUAGCUACAUGCUUAAUGGGAAAAUAAAAGUUUGCUUACAAAAAGGAGGUGGAUCAUGCUUGUUUACAAAGACUCUGUUUGAAAAUACUAAAAUACAAAAGUUUGGAUGUGACUGGUCUCACAGUGAAUUUAAAAUACAAGAUUUUUCUCUCCAGAAGUUUUUAUCAGACAAUGAUGUAGUUGACAAUGCAGCAGGAUUAAUACUGGACAAGUUAUUGGAGGAAUUAGGAAUAACCUCAGAACUUAAGGAUACACAAUGUAGUAGAUCAGAAUCACCCUAUAGUCCUGUAAAUUCAAAAGGCUGGAACAUAGGAUGUGAGAAAACAUUACCAUAUAUUUUACCUGCAAUACCUAAUACAGUGAGUUGUUACCUGACUGAUACCUGUACAGGUAUAGAUUGUUGUAUAGAUGUCUCCCAGAUCAGUAGGUCUGUCAAUGUUUACAUCAAACUUGAUGCCUGUAACAACAGAUUGACAGCAGGAAUCGAGAAACUUACAUUUGAUGUGCCUCUGCUGAACUAUGAGUUUGGUCAGAAACAAAGCUUCAGGUUAAUGAAUAUCUUUAGGAUUGAUUAUUCUAUCAUAGAUUUAUCAAUGGAGAAGCAGUUUGUAGUAGACAUGGAUGUUAGUGUAUGUUUUGAAGCCAAUGCACCAUGUGUUUUUACAUCAACCAUCAUGAAGAAUGCAAGAUUACCUAAACCUAUAUGUGACCUGAGUAGUAAUUUGUCUUUUGAAGACAUAUCCUUAAAAGAAUUAGCUGAGAACCUUCUAUUGGAUGUAACACAACAGUUACCAUCAUAUGCUGCUGACAUAUUACUAGAGAGACUUGGUAUAUCCCAAUGGAUGCAGGAUGUACCAUGUAGUCCACAGUCAUCACAGUAUGCCCCUAAUGUCAAAGGAUGGAAAAUAUUGUGCCCUUCAGAUCUACCUCUCCGGGAUUUAACAGGAAGUUUAAGCUGUACAAUACCAGAUUACUGUACUGGUAUAGACUGCUGUGUAGAGAUCCCACAAAUUGGUCGUACCUUUCAUGUCUACCUGUUAUUAGAUGCUUGUUCACACAGACUUAAAAUAGGAAUAGAAAACCUGGGAUUAGAUCAAGCUUACUUUAACUUCGAGUUUGAUAAAGUCCAGGAGAUUAGGCUAAGCAAGCUUUUGACCUUACAGUAUUCAGUGAGUGAUUUGGUAGGCAAGAAGAAGUACAUUGUAAAUAUGAACAUAACAGUUUGUUUGGAACCUUCAGGAUCAUGUAUCUUUACAUGGGACAUUCUUAAGGAGGUUUAUUUACCUAAACUUGGCUGUGAUUGGAAUAUAAGUAUGGCUGAUUUUUCUCCCUCCAAGCUGCUACAAGAUAGUGGGUUUACAGUAGCAGACAAUCUACCAGACGUAAUCCUUUCCCAGGUACUAGAGAAAAUGGGUGUGAUUGACUAUCUAUUAACACCACAGUGUGAUCUGGGGGAUUAUACACCAAGUGUGAAUGGAUGGAUCAAAAAAUGUCCAGCAGAAGUGAUCAACAUAACCUUACCAAAUCUCCCCUCAUAUUUUACCUGUAGGAUAGAUGAUACCUGCACAAAAGUUGAUUGUUGUAUCAGGAUUGAAUUUUUGAAGAGAAACAUACACUUAGAGCUUGAUGUUGAUGUCUGCUCAAGAAUAAUCUCAUUCAGUAUUGAAAAACUGAAGCAAGAUUUAACCAUAUUUAACUAUAAUCUAGAUAUUGGAGGAAAACUCAAACUUCUGGAUUUUGUGUCAUUAGAUUAUACCAUAGACAAAACACAAGAUAAGAAUGAAUUCAGAGUAAACCUCAAUGUUACAAUACGACUAGAUGAUGGAACUGUUCUUUAUAAAUCUAUAUUGUUGGAAGGUGCUACUUUGAUAAAAAUACCAUGUGAUUGGAAUACUGGAUUCAACAUUAAAGAUUUUUCCUUGCUGUCUUACAUACACAAGUUAUCUCUGCCCAGCAAAGAUCAGCUGACUGAAUUAAUGGCUGCUAAACUGGUUGAAGAGUUAGGAAUAGGGAGCUUACUUCAAGAUACACCUUGUCAGAGAUCAAGCUCUGUAUAUAGUCCAUCUAUCAAUGGUUGGAAAAAUGAAUGUCCACUGGCUGUCCCUUUCCCAAACCUGACCAUUCCAGCCUCCUGUUACAUUCCGUCUCACUGUACAGCUGUGGACUGCUGUAUAGAUGUGGAUUUCUUACAUCGUUCAUUCCAUGUCUACAUUGAUCUGAACACAUGUGAAAACACAUUCAAACUGGGAAUAGAAAAACUCAAAUUGGAUCCUAUAAGUUUGACAGAUUAUCAAUUUGGGACCACUGAGUAUUUCAAUUUGAAAGGAAUUGUAAGAGUAGGGUACAGAAUAGAAGAUUUGAAUAUACAGAGAAAGUUCCGUGUUGACUUGAACCUGAGUAUUUGUUUUGAGUCCAAUGCACCUUGCCUAUAUGAGAUUGUCCUGUUUAAAGAUGCUCUGGUACCUAAAAUACUUUGUGAUUGGGAAGCUGACUUCUCUUUUCCAGAUUUUUCUCUGGAGAAGUACACAGCAGAUGCUGGGGAGGUACUAAACAACUUGAAAGAACCAUUCAUACAGAAAUUGAUGGAAGAUUUGGGUAUAUCUAGUUACCUGAGUGAUGAUCCAUGUAACAUAACAUCAGAGGACUUCACACCAAAUCAUCAGGGAUGGAAAUCAGAAUGUGAACAGGCCUUCUCAUUGCCAGCUCUACCAAAUACAGCUGUGUGUGUACUAGAGGAUACUUGUACUGGUGUGAAAUGUUGUAUGGAUGUUGGAUUUCUGAAGAAAUCAUUUUCAGCCUUUGUAGAGAUAGAUACCUGUAAUCACUACCUUAAGUUUGGUAUUGAGAAGCUAACUGAACAGAUUGAUCUUUUUGACUAUCAGUGGGGUACCCUUGAGAAGAAAUACUUGAUGAAUGUUAUAAGAGUAGAAUACAGGAUAGAAGACAUAUCAGCUGAUCAGGAGUAUGAGAUAGAUUUGAACAUGAGUGUUUGUUUUGAAUCACAGAAAAGCUGUUACUUUACCAUGAGCAUAUUCACAGGUUACAGAUUACCUAAGGUUUUCUGUGAUUGGGGCACAGGAUUUAAUAUGCCAGAAUUUUCCCUAACCAAGAUUUUAGAAGAACAAAAAGAAACUUUAUCAGACCAGUUACCUACAGCUGUUAGACAGAUUUUACUAGAGAAACUUGGACUUAGUGAUUUUUUUCUAGAUUCUCCAUGUAAUGUAGCAACUAAUUCAUUUGUCAAUGAAUGUAAUAGUAGUUAUUUGACCUUGACCUUACCUUCAUCAGUAUCCUGUGUAAUACCACCAAGCUGUUCUGCUUUAUCAUGCUGUAUGGACGUCCAGUUAAUCAGUCGCGCCAUCAUGUCCGAGAUCUAUAUAGAUCCUUGUACAUAUACUAUGUCCGUAACUUUAGAGAAACUACAUGUAAAGAUAUCUCUGCUGAAGUAUACAUGGGGAGAAACUCACAAGUUCUCACUUCAAGGUGGCAUUAUCAUAAAGUAUAAAGUUUUUGACUUAAAGAAUGAGAAAAUAUUCAUGGUAGACUUGAGUUUCCAUAUUUGUAUGGAAGAGAAGGAACCAAACAGUUGUAUAGUUGAUUUACCAAUCCUAACCAAUGCUAGAUUAGCUAAACCUUUAUGUAACUGGAGUAUGGGAUUCUUACAGUCAGACUUUUCCUUGGCUACUUGGCUGAGAGAAAACAGUAUAACAGACACAGGUACAUUACAGGAAGUUUUUGUUACACAACUUCUCUAUAAACUUGGCAUUGAUGACUACAUGAAGGAUCCACAGUGUGACAGAAAUCAGCCUCCAUAUAAACCUGCAAACAAUAUGGGAUGGAAUCUAGACAAAUGUAAUAGUUCUGUAGAUUUACCUGUGUCUCUACCAGCUGGAAUCUCCUGUUACCUGUCUGAUACCUGUACAGGUAUAGAUUGUUGUAUACAGGUAGAUAAACUAGGAUUAUCUGUCAAUGCCUAUGUACUGCUGGAUGCCUGUCACAACACUUUUACUGUUGGUGUAGAGAACUUUAAACAUACUACAACCAUGCUGGAUAUUGACCUUGGUGAAAUACAAACUUUCUCUAUGAUGGGAUUUGUUAUAGUGAGUUACAAGAUUGAUGAGUUCUACAAUGAGAGGAUGUUUAUUGUCGGUAUGAACAUCAGUAUUUGUUAUGAAGCUAAUGGACCUUGUGCUUUAAACCUGAAAAUACUGGAAAAUACCAAACUUCCAAUACCUUUCUGUGAUUUCAGUCAAGGAAUUCCAGGUUUUUCCUUGGCUGCCUGGCUAGAUAAUAACAAGAUAGAUUUGGGAGAACAGCUACAGUCCUAUGAUGUUGAUAGGUUGAUGGAAGAAUUAGGUAUAGCUGGUUAUCUACUGAAUCCUCAAUGUCAGGUGUCUUCUUAUCAAACUGAUACGAAAGGAUGGAAUACUGGAUCUUGUGACGCAGACUUAUCAUUGCCAACAUUACCAUCAAACCUGGCAUGUCAGUUACCAGACUACUGUACAGGGAUCCAGUGUUGUUUAUACAUACCACUGCUGGAUAUGUCUGUAGAAUUCCAUGUUCAGGUUGAUAUCUGUAACCUUAAACUUAGCAUUGGACUGGAGAACCUUGUCAUCAAUGAAUCUUUGUCUGAUUACAACUUCAAUAACCAGAACAAUAUAUCCCUAGGAAGUAUGAUCAAACUAAGUUACUCCAUAGAAGAUUUGGAAGCUGAAGAAAAGCUGUCUUUCAGUUUAACAAUUAACUUUUGUUUUGAGAGUGAUGGAGACUGUAUAUAUAACUAUGUAAUAUUUGAUGAUUAUAAAAUCUCUAAACAGCCAUGUGAUUGGACAGGAGGAUUUGCAGUGCCAAAUUUUAAAUUAAAUUCCUGGCUGACAGAUCAUGAUUUAUUGCCAAAUUUAUCACAACUCUCUGAUUUAAUGGCAUCAAAGCUGCUAGAAGAUCUUGGUAUAGCUGAAUACCUACAAGAACCAAGCUGUAAUCCUGUAACAGAUAUAGCAUUCAGUAAUGUACAGAGUAAUGGCUGGAAUUCAGCUUGCCCAAGUGCUGUAUUACCUGACUUAGCUGAUGAUGUAGUAUGUCACCUUGAUUCUACCUGUACAUCUGUUACCUGUUGUGCACAUGUAGGCCUGAUCAACAGAAACAUAAAUUUCUUCCAAACUGUAGAUCCAUGUAACCAAAUAUUUAGCCUUGGUAUUGAGAAAUACCAGUUUGAAUUUUCUCUGUAUGAGACAGACUUUAAUCUGCAGAAACAAUUUCAUAUUGGACGUGUUUUAGAAAUAGACUAUAAGAUCAGUGAUAUGGGUGGAGAAAGAGUUUACUAUAUGGAUCUCAGUAUAAAAGUUUGUUUUAAUGAUGAAGGACCUUGUCUGAUACAAGCCAAUAUCUUCUCCAAAACAAAGCUGCCAAAAAUACAGUGUAGUUGGCAGAACGGUUUCUUUGAUCCAGACUGGUCCUUAUCAAACUGGUACAAACAGACAGGUUUCCAGUCUAAUGUUACCUUAACUAGAGAUAGAGUCUCUCAGCUAAUGUCAGACCUUGGACUGUCAAAGUUCCUGUUUGACAAUAAAUGUGAUUAUACAGACCAAGAAUCUGUCUUUGUUAAUGCUUAUCAAGGAUGGACUUCUGAUUGUCCUGACAGUAAGAUAGAGUUACCUGACCUACCUGAUUAUCUCACCUGUUACCUGGAUUCUACUUGUAUAGGUAUACAGUGUUGUUGGGAUGUAGACUUUAUCAGUAGAUCGUUCCACAGUCACCUGACUGUAGAUACUUGUAGCUACAUAUUAAAGUUUGGAGUAGAAAAGUUGGAAUUUGAAGUAACUUUAGAUGAUUAUGAGUGGGGUGAAUGGAAACAGUUUGAUUUAUAUGGAGUUAUAAAUGUUAGGUAUAUGAUUGAUGAUUUACCAGCACAACACAUGUACUUAUUCUCCAUGACACUGAGUCUGUGCUGGGAGUCAGAUGGACUAGACUGUGAUCACCAGGUUAUAUUUAAUAAUGUACUGCUACCCAAACCUAACUGUAACUGGAAUAAACCUUAUAAUAUCCCAGGUUGUAAGACCAUUUUACCAGCAGAUAUUGUUUUUGUGGUUGAUGAAUCUGGUAGUGUUGGAGAUGGUAAUUUUAAUGAUACAAUGGAUGCCAUUGCAGAUACCAUAGAUACAUUGGUCAUUCGUGAAGACUUGAUCCGUGUCGGCAUGACCUUAUUUGAAGGGACUGGAACAUCAAGGACAUUGUUUGAUCUGAACAGUAGUUAUAAUAAAUCUGAAAUAAGAUCAUGGCUUUCAUCAACUGUCUAUCAGAAGGGAGCUACCACGGAUAUUGCUGAUGCAUUCCAAUUUAGUUGUGAAGAAAUGUUUCAGAUGACAAAAGGGGAGAGAACCAAUGCUCAGAACUAUCUUGUAUUACUUACUGAUGGAAAAUCAGACAGGAACAAAGCCAUAGAUAAAGCAGAUUUAUGUAGCAGUAAAAAUAUCAGAGUUAUAACUGUAGGGAUAGGAUCUGGCAUUGAUGUUUAUCUUCUCAAUACAACAGCAUAUCAACCAGAUCAUUUCAUCAAUACAGAAUACAGUGAACUAAAUACAACUUUACCUGAACUUGUUAUUAAGUCUGUGGACUGUAGUAAGGAUUUCUCCUUGGCUGAGUUUGUGUCUGAUAGUGGAUUAUCUACCCUUGACAGUUUUGCUGUGUCAAAGUUAAUGGAUUAUCUAGGUGUAUCUGAAUACCUACUGUUGCAACAGUGUGACGUGACAAAGCAACCAUUUAACUUGUCUGCGAAUGGAUGGACUGUUGAUUGUUCCGUUCCAGACAAGACUGACCUAUCACCCUAUGGUGUAUGUUACAUACCACAUACUUGUACCAGUAUAGAAUGCUGUGUAAAUCUGCCUGGAUUACACAGGAGUAUUCAUGCUUCUGUGGACAUAGACACUUGUAAUUAUAAACUGACUGUGGAUAUUGAGAAAGUCCAUCUGGAAUACUCAUUGGUUGAUUAUGAAUGGGGACACACACAAACAUAUUCUUUGUUUGGACUCUUCAAUGUUGUAUUCACAGUACAAAAUCUUGUUGAUGACAAGUUACUGGUAACUUUGGAUAUAUCUGUAUGUGUGGAGAGAGCUGGUCCAUGUGAAGUAAUUCUGAAUGUAUUCAAAGAUACCAGGUUACCUAAACCAGUCUGUAACUGGAAAAAUGACUUUAUUAUAUCAGAGUUCUCGCUAGAAAACUUCCUAUCAAGUAAAGGAUUCAGUCCAGCAUUAAGUGAGAUACCAACAGAAGUAUUAUUACAGCUGUCAAACAAACUUGGAAUAGCUUCAUUCUACUUGGAAACCCAGUGUAACAUAGCAGAUACUCCAUUUACACCUAACCAGGAUGGAUGGAAUAAUGAUUGUUUAGAGAAAGCAAAUCUCCCAGCUUUAUCUAAUGGCACCACCUGUCACUUGUCUGAUGAUUGCACUGGAGUUACCUGUUGUACAGCUGUAGAUCUGCUCAGUAGAUCUAUCAGUACCAGUCUAAAACUGGAUCCCUGUGACUAUUCCUUACAAGUGCAGAUAGAGAAACUUCUUGUCAACAUAAGUUUAAUUGAUUAUCAGUUUGGUAAACAAGAUGGUGUAUAUUUAUUUGGAGUUGUACGUCUUGACUAUGACAUAGAAGACCUGAGGUACAAGAGACAGUAUGUAGUAAAUUUACAGCUGAGUGUUUGUUUUGAAGCGACAGGACCUUGUACAAUCAGUAUCCCUGUACUCACUAAUACCAUUCUAUCUAAGUCUGUCUGUGACUGGAAAAGUAACUUUAUAGAUCCAGAAUUUUCAUUCAAUAAGUUCAUGAAAGAAGAGAUAGGUUUGAGUAUUGGAAAUAGUUUAACAGAUUAUCAGAGGAAACAAUUAAUGGAAAGUUUAGGAAUUUCUGACUUCAUGAUGGAUGUCCCCUGCAGUUUAACACCAUAUCCAAGUAAUGGAUGGACUAAUGAUUGUGAUACUUUGACCUCUGACCUUCCACUGUUACCAGGUACAACUGUCUGUCAUAUUCAGGAAAGCUGUACCUCAGUGUCCUGUUGUUUUAGUGUGGACAAGAUAGGUCAAUCAUUCCAGGCCUCUGUUGAUAUUGAUCCAUGUAGAUCACUACUAACAGUAACUAUAGAAAAAUUCACUCAACAGAAAAAUCUGUUAGAUUUUCUGUGGGGGACAUCAGUAGAAAUGUGGCUGUUCGGUCUAUUUAGAAUUGAGCUAAGAGUGAAUUACUUAGAAUCUGAAGGAAAUUAUCUGGUAGACAUGAAAUUGAGAACUUGUCUGGAUGCAGAUGUAUCUGUACCUUGUUACCAGUCCAUUGUAGUGUUCAAGGAUUACAAGCUACCUAAAUCUGUGUGUGAUUGGAAUACCAAUUUCCCUGUAAAAGACUUUAGUAUGGAGUCCUGGAUGAGUGAGAAUGGUCUAUUACAAAAUGUUGAUCCUUUACCACAAUGGUCAGUUCUACAGCUGAUGCAGAUGUGGGGUAUAUCCAGAUUUGUUUCAGACAAUUCCUGCUCUGGUGUUCUGCUGGAUACAAGUUCAGAUUGUAGUUUAUCAGUGCCAGAUCUACCUGACUGGUUGUCCUGUUCAAUGCCAUCAUCUUGUGAUGGUAUAAAAUGCUGUGUUGAUCUGCCUAGCCUAAACAAGUCUGUAGCGGUUGUUCUUAUGAUAGACGAUUGUAGAAAUACAUUACAACUACAGAUUGGACAGCAAACAACAAAUUUCAAAUUAAAUCAGUUUGUAUUUGAAAAGGAACACACAUUUUCUUUGUUUGGUAUUGUAAACAUCAUGUAUGAAAUAGUGGACUUAGAUGACCAGUAUAAAGUAGACAUGAAUAUGUCAAUAUGCUACACAGAUACACAACCAUGUGAUUAUAAUAUACACCUUUGGACAGAUACAUUGAUUGAUAAGACCAUGUGUGAAUUGGCAGCUGGAUUCCUUGAUUCAGAGUUUUCAAUAGAUACUUGGUUAGGAUACCGAGGAUUGACACUGAACUCCAAUAUCUCUGAUGUUGUGGCCAAUGAUUUAUUAAUGGUGUUAGGAUUACCAGACUACAUGGACUUCUCUGACAAAUGUAACUUGACCACUUCUCCUUACAUGGAUGCUGAGGAUCGACAACUGAAUGAGACUUCUAAUAAUGUGACACUGCCAUUCUUACCAGAAGAGAUAACAUGUUAUAUAUCACCAACUCAGUCUGAAAUAUUUUGCUGUGUGAAGGUUGAUAUUCUAAAAAGAUCUCUACAGAUCAGUCUUACUCUGGAUUCCUGUACUUAUAGACUGACUGUGAGGAUAGAAAAUCUACACCAUGAAAUCAACCUUUUCAACUACCAAUGGGGUAAAACUGAAAAUGUACAGCUUCAUGGUGUCUUCCAACUCAGGUUUACUAUAUACAACAUUCCUUCAGAGAGAAAGUUCUUGGUAGAUGCCAGUAUCAGACUCUGUUUUGAAGCUAAGGACAACAAAUGUCUGAAAGAAUAUACUGUUCUAAACAAUGCUGAUUUCAUGUAUGCUGACUGUAAUAAUUCUUUGACAGUUCCAUUUGGAGGAUUGGCUUUUGAGUUUUGGAAACCAUCUCAAUGCACAAUUUACAGUGGAAACUUUCUGAAUGGUUGUACUGAUGUACCAGCUCCAGUGUCAUCCUUACCUGGAUGUAAAAUGUCCAGUGAUUGUCACACUGUAGACUGUUGUACAGAGAUUAACUUCAUGACUGGUACCAGAAAUGUAUAUACUACAUACCAACUGACACAGUGUAAUGAGAUGGUGACCAGUAUUGAGAGACAAUCGUGGACAAAAACUGGAUUAGAUUCACUGACAGGAUCAACAAUUUCAGAAAAGGUCAAUGGUGUAUUUGACAUGAGUAUGUCUGUAGUAGAAAGUUCCUCUACAUUGUAUAAAGUGACAUUAUCUGUAAAUAUCUGUUACUUGAGCGGAGGUAUUUGUACAAACUUGACACUAGCAGAAGAGGUCACUUUGAAAAAACCAGACUGUUCACCAGAGAGAAGAAGGAGGAAGAGGAGAGAUACUUUAUAUGGCUAUGGACUUGAUCCAUCAGAUCUUCAAGGUGGUUUUAGAAACUUAUACAAUGAUCUAGCAUCUUCAGAACAAGUUCAAGAGUUCUUGAAAGAAGCCAAAGAUUAUGAAAAUCAAGUGAGAUCAGGCAAUUUACAACCAAGCCAAAUAAUGGAUGAUGACAUCACUACAGGAAUCAAAUCUACCAUGAAAGCUUUAGGACAGAAUAGUCCCACUACAAUGUCUUCUUUGUGGACAGUAGAUAUUGUCAGUGAUGCUGAUGGAGCUAAAGCUAUAACAGACAUGUUGUCAACAGCAACAGAUAUUGUAGGGCGUGCUGAUCAAGUAUUUAUAGUAGGGAAAGGCCUGUCUAAUGCAGGAGUAAAAAUGUUAGGAGAGAAACUGGCCAAGAUGACCAUUGGUGAAAUUAAAGCAAUGUUAGAUCUUAGAAAUCUUGACCCAGUUGUUAUUAUAAAAUUGUUUGGUCAACUUAAAGAUUUAGCCAAAGCUUUGCUAUCAGAGUUCAUCAACAAAUUGCUAGGAGAUCCAACAAAUAUCUUCAAACGUACUGACAUUAUAGUAAAGGGAGAUGUUAGUUUUCCUAGAACAAACGUUGUAAUUGUCCGACCAGUUUCUCAUGAUAUACCAGUUGGCCCACUUAUUCUCAGACUUGAAUUUGGAGCUUUUGGUUAUUAUGGCAUGGCAUUUGAAGUUGGUGUAAAAGUUUUGGGUAUGACUGGAUUCGCUACUAUAGUCCCUUAUGCUGGAGCAAAAGCUUAUGGUUCAGUUGCAAUUUGUUUCUAUGUAUUGUGCGGUAAAUUACAGUUAGAUGGUUACAUAAUGGAUACCAGAUUUCCUUCAACUGCAGAAAUAGCUUUCAAUAAAUUUCCACUUGAUGUUGGUUUGUCUAUGUAUCUGGAACUGAGACCAUUAGAGCUGAAGCUGACAGCUAAAGUUACAUUAGAAGUCAGACUACCAUGGGGAAUUAGGUUUACAAAGACUUUAUUUAGUGGUACAUUAUGGCGGUACAGAGCUCCAAGCAUUAAUAAAAAGAUAAUUGAUAACAGAAAGAAAGAGGAAGAUGCUUCACCACCUCAACUAUCACCUGUUACAGAUUCUGGUGGCAAUGGAAAGAAAAAAAGAUCAACAGCUUCCUGUUAUGUUAAACAAACACCAAACUUAGAUUACACAGAACCAGAGUUUGAAAUCUCUAUCCGAGCUGAAGAUGAUAGAAGUCAGGUAAAGCUUUACCUAAAUGUAGGUACUGUACCAGGAGGGUCUGAUGUUCUACAUGAAUAUGAACUUGGAGGACCAUCAACAGUUAUUAAAGAGCCAUUAAUCAGUAAAGGAACUGGAGUUCCAAUCUACUUCACCUUGAUAGCAGAAAACAGCUCGGGUCAAAGGUCAGAAGCAUUUUGUAGUUUACCAACUUAUGAUGUGACUGUACCUGGUGGAAGAUUUCAGGAGGAAUUUAUGUCUACAAGUAAUCCUGAGGUACUAAGGGCCUAUGUGACGGUGUAUGAGGACUCUGAACUUCAGACUGUACAAGUUGGAGCAGGAUAUGGGAAAGGAAUCUAUGGAGAUCAGAUGGUUCCCUGGGAUGAUGUUGACCUUGACCAUAUUCAGAUAAAUGACAAUUUAGGGUCAGAUACUUUUAAUAAAAAGGUUUUAGACCAAUUGUUUACUGAGUCAAUAGCUGGAAGAUUGAUUGCACCGAAAUCAGCACCAGAUACAAUAAAAUAUAGCCCUGGAGAUUGUGCCAGGGCCUGUGCAGAUUUACCACGUACUAAGUGUAUGAGUUUUAAUUAUGACUUUGGUAAAGGAGUAUGUGAACUUAUGGAAGCCAUUGAGGGACAUCGCUACUCAAGGUCCAAGUCUGGAUUGUUUGAACAUUAUGAAAGACUUGGUAUUGGCAAAUCCAAACAGUUUGUUUAUGAAAAUCUACAACUCCUCCAUAAUAAAACAUACUACUUUAAUCUGAGACUGGUCAAUGUUUUAGGAUAUGAUAGUAUAAUCAACACACAAGCAGUCAUUGUAGAUACAACUACUCCUGAAACAGGCUUUGUUUCCAAUAAGACUGCUGAUUACCUUGAAAUACUUCCAUGUUUGGAUUUAAUACCUGGAGACAGACCUGACUGGAAGUUACUCUGUAAAGGGGUACAUCCUAAAACUCAGAAUCAAAGACUUGUAGUUGAUGGACCUGGUUCCCGGACAGUAUUCAAUGGUCCUACACCAAUGUUUGAUCUGAAGUUCACCAGGGCAAAUGCCUAUAUAGCUGCCAACUGGGAUGGAUUUAUAGACAGAGAAUCUGGAAUCAUGGGAUAUACCGUACUUAUUGGCCUGACAGAAUGUAAAGAUGAGGUACAUGCUGAUCAUGAUCCUCAUAAACAUUUAUUUGAUAUGUCCCAGUGGACAUUCAGUGCUAUGAUAAGCCCUAUACCAGCACCAUACACCAAAUUACCAGAUGGUCAGUACUUUGUCACUGUUAGAGCAUUAAAUGAUGUAAAGUAUGGAGGGCCAUUGGUAACAACAGUGUGUCAUUCUACGCCACUGACAGUAGAUAACUCCAGACCAGAGAUUUAUGAUAUAUAUGGAAUAGAAUAUGAUGAAGAUCUGCCCUCACUGAAAGCUUCACAUGUAUCCGGUGACCCUCAUUCAGGUUUGAUAUACAAUGAUUUAUGUUUGGGCCAUUCUGCCAGAGACUGUGAUGAAAUGGACUGGAAAAGAAUGGACUAUAGUCCACACAUACAGUAUGCAGUAAAGCUCACAGAUGGUGUCCGUAUUUGGGUCAAAAUCAAGGUCAUCAAUGGAGUGGAUCUGAGAAAAAUAGGAGUAGCAGACCAAGCUAUAAUUGUUGACAACACACCACCAAUAGCAGGACAAGUGUUGGAUGGUUCAGUACAAGGAACUGAUCUGCAAUUCACCAAAGAGUAUCAAAAGCUUUGCUCCAAUUGGAGACAUUUCUACGAUCAAGAAUCAGGAAUAUCAAUGUAUAUGGUGGGAGCGAGUUCUGAGAGAAAUUUCAACAUAACAGAUAUUGCUAAUUCAACAGAAAUAAGUAGACAAAUCCAUACAAUCUGUGUGUCUGUCAACAAAGACUUAGAACAUGGCAAGACAUAUUAUACCAUUGUCUGGGCUUAUAAUGGAGGAAUAACACAACAGAAAGUUGCUGCUAUAUCUGAUGGAGUAACUGUGGAUUUGACAGAACCAGAAUCAGGAGAAGUAAUUGAUGGGGUUCAGACAGGAUUUAUAGAUCUUCAUUUUUCACCCAGUACAGCUAAAGUUGGGACCCAGUGGAGGGGAUAUCAUGAUCCUGAAUCUGGUAUACAACAGUAUGGUGUACAGGUGGAGGUUUCAAAUAACAACACGGAACACUAUGAAGUAGUUAGGGAAUGGGUUACCUUCCCAAAGGAAACUGACCGUAUAGAAUGGUUGAACUUUCACCUUCAUCACAAAGACCAUGUCACGGUCAAGUUAAAAACCACAAAUGCAGCCUUAAACUCAAUCAUCAAUGAGACGAGUGGAUUUGUUGUUGACCUGACUCCAGCUGAUCUUGUUAGCUUGGGUGAUGGAUCUGUGCUGAAAGAAGAUAAAACAUUUCAGUCUGAUGUGACAAGUUUGUCCAGUAACUUUGAGUUUAUAGAUGAAGAAUCUGGUUUGGAUCAUUUUAAAGUUCAGAUAUAUCAACAUCAUGAAGGUGUAAGAUCCCAAGUUAUACCAGCAAUUUAUGGUGAAUGGUUAAAUCUUGGUACUGAUGUCAGUAUAAACCACUACACUCAGACAGAUCUGUCCUUACAUCAGGGCGGAAUCUACAGUAUGAGGGUGGGAGCUGUUAACAAGGCAGGAUUUGUGGCAGCAUUUGAGACUAAUGGUGUUGUCAUAGAUACCACACCUCCUGUUAUGCACUGGCUACAUGUAGGAAGCAUAGCUGGCAGAAUAGAGACAGUUAUAGAUGAAUAUGUGUGGCAGGCUGAUACUACUGGGAUCAAGGCAGCCUGGGGAGCAGAUGAUCACCAGUCAGGCAUUACAAAGUUUAAAGUAGCAGUGGGAACAACUCAUGGUGGCACAGAUAUCAUGUCUUGGACAGCUUUUGGAUCUGAGAAGGAUAUAUACAUACCUGACUUGACACUACAGCUGACAGACCUGAAAACUUACACACCAGUGUAUUAUGUCCAUGUAAAGGCAGAGAAUGGAGCAGGACAGGAAAGUAAUCCUGUCACAUCUACACCUAUUGUGGUGGUAGAUGAAGACAAACCAGGUUUGGUGGUAGAUGGAGCUGAAGGUACCGAUGGUAAUACCUUAGUACUUAAUGAAGAUGUAGAUUAUCAGUUAGACUUUUCUACUACCACACUACAGUUCAGUGGUUUUGAGAGUCAUUUACAUGGAGUUGUGGAUUAUGAAUGGGCAGUAGGAACAACUCCAGGUGGAGAGGAUGUUAUGUCCUAUACUCCACAUGGACUGGUACAUUAUGAAGAGGCAGAUGUUGUUGGCAAUGGAAUAUCCAGUUCUGGUUUUGCCCAAGCCAAUCUACACCUUAAACCAGAGAUAAAAUAUUACUCCAGUGUUCGUGCUGUUACUAAUAAAGGCAAUGUUUUAGAGGCUGUGUCUGAUGGGUUUACGGUAGACACUUCACCACCUGUGGUUACACUAGACAGACUAACAGAUAAUGAUGCCUCUGAGAUGGAAGGUGGGUCCAGUAUUUAUCAGAAAACUGUGGAUUCCCUGUCAGCCCUGUGGCAUUAUAGUGAUGAAGAGAGUGGUAUACAGAGAGCUUGGUUCAAUGUAGGGACCUAUCCUUUUGGAGGAGAUGUGGCUCCAGUAACAGAAGUUAAUAUUACACCAAAUCUACAAAGUUCAUUGUCAUUGUCUACUGUAGUUGCUGAUACUUCAGGAAAACCCAACAUUAUAUCAGUGUAUGCAGAAAACAAGGCUGGAUCCAUCAGUAAAAUCACAUUUAAUUCAGUGAUUAUUGAUACAUCAGCACCAAAUCAGGGAGUUGUCACCUGUCCAGAAUAUGUAGGGGCUAAUGUUCCAGUUAAGUGUACCUGGACUGGUUUUCAGGAUAAUGAAAGCCCAAUAGAGAAGUUCCUUGUAUCACUUGGUUCUCAAGAAGGGUUUUCUGACAUAUUCAGCGACAGAAAAGUUGAUGGAAAUACAUUCAGUUAUACAAUAAAUGAUGCAGAUGAGUUGAUGACACAUGAGAAGUCCUACUAUGUUACUGUGACUGCUGUUAACACAGUAGGUUUACAGUCCUACAGUUUCUCUGGACCUGUUGCCAUAGAUACCACACCUCCUGACUAUGGUAAAGUGAUUGACCUUCAUACGACCUACAGAAUGGAUGUGACUGACAAUGCAGCUACUGUACAAAUGAAUGCUAAAGCUUGUACAACGGAUGAAGAAUGUGAUGCCUUAGAUGCUACAUGUUCAGAAUCUUUAACCUCAGUUUCUGUAACCUGGCAACCAUUUACUGAUGAACAAUCUGGAAUAGCUAGAUAUGAGAUAGCUGUAGGGACUACUCCAGGGGGUGGACAGAUUAAAACUUUUUUCAGUAUACACACAGAAACCAAUUAUUAUACAGUAACUGGACUGAAUUUAAGUGGUCUGACAAAGGUAUAUGUAUCCAUUAAAGGUACCAAUGGAGCAGGAUUAUCGACUGUUAGUUCAUCCAAUGGUUUAUACUUAUCUUACCUUAGUCAGGGACUGCCUCCUCUAUCACAUAUUGGUAUUGCUGAUGUUACAGAAUUGUCAAAUGAGGAUAUUGAUUUCCAGGAGAGUUUUGACACAUACAGGGCAUCAUGGGAUGUGUCAGGUGACCCUUGUCCUGUCAUUAGAUAUGAUUGGCUGAUACAGAGGCUUGAUGGGAAGGUUGUCAUGGCUUGGCUGGAUAUGGGAGUUAAAACUGCAGGAAUGAAUGAUGAACUUGAGAUGUUGAAUGGAGAAUUAUACUAUUCUCUACUGAGAGUAACUAAUGCUUUGAACUACACCUACAUGAUCAGAUCUAAUGGCAUCACUGUCAAACAAGAACCUCUCAUCCCAGGAAAAGUAUUUGAUGGAGACCUGUUAGGAUAUGAUCUGAAUUUCCUUAAUUCCAAAGCUAUGGUGACAGUCAAUUGGGAUGGAUUUGGUCUCCCAGUCAGUACACAAACUCAAGUAGAUGUUAUUUCAGGAAAUCCUGGCCUCCAAGUAAAUGAAGAUAAUAUUGAAUACAAGGAUAAAAACCAAGCAGUAGAAUUUUAUGAGGUUGCCUUGGGAACAGACAGGAGAUUCUCACAAACCAGAGACAACAUUGUUCCAUUUACUAAUGUGGGAAAAGACAAAAAAGUGACCUUUUAUGAUCUUGACCUGGUUCCAGGUACAGGAAUGUAUUACUUCACAGUGAAAGCAUACAGUGCCUCCCACUCUGUUGCUAUAGUAACAUCAAAUGGAUUUCAUGUUGGAUAUGACGGUGGAGUUAUUGCUGGUACUAUUGUGAUGGGAGACUACGUCAGUAUAGAUACAUACUUAGAUAUACAGUUUGAAGGUUUCUUCUCCAAAUUAGAGAUAUUGAUGUACUAUGUGGCUGUGUCUAACUACACAGGUGUUAAUGGUACUGAUUGUAAACAUUAUAUUGAUGGUGGAAAGGCUACAGAAGAAGAAAAAUCCAGGAUAUUUAAUGUGUUUCCUGUCACAAAUAUAAAUCAGAAUACAUUUUACAAAGCAGAAAAUUUAGAUCUAGAAUUGGGAAAAGCCUAUACAGCUUGGGUAUUAGGCACUGACAAAUCAGGAGAGUGCAGUCUUGUCAGUCAUACGUUCAUGGUUGACACUACACCCCCUGAAGCAGGAGAAUUAACAUGUGGACCUGAUUAUAACAUGAAUAUAACAUACACUCCAGACAGCACCACCUUGACUGUAAAAUGGGAAGGCUUUAGUGAUUCUGAGUCUGACAUUGCCUCAUACAAAAUAUCCCUAUGGAAUAAAUCCUCCUGUUCUGAUCAAAGCUCUGAAGUACUUAUGGUGGACUGGAUAACAUUGGAUUCUAACUAUUCCCGGUAUAUGUUUACAGAACUUCAGCUUAAGGGAAACAUUCCAUACAUAAUAAAACUAAUGGCCACCAAUCAUGCUGGACAGUUUGUCAGUACAGAAUCUGCACCUAUAUUAUAUGAAUCCUCAAAACCAACAUCAGGACAUGUGGUUGAUGGUACAGACUUCUUGAAUGACAAAGUUUGGUUUGGCUCUUCAGCUACCAUUACAGGUACAUUUUUACACUUGGCUAAUCCUGAAGGUCCGUCGUGUCCUGUCCAGGCUGUUUCCAUGAUCAACAAUCCAGGCUGGAGAAAACUACAACAGAUAGGCUUCAAAGAUCCCAGUGGUCAACAAUGGUCACUUACUCACAGACAAGAAAAUAUUCAGAAAUUGGUUUAUGAUAAUGCUAUUAGUAUAAAGCUGGCAAGAGAUGUUAAUAAAAAACAAAUGUAUACUGGGGCAUACAUCAGGUCUGCUGAAUUUGAAAAUGGUGGAACGUAUCAGAUAUCAGUCAAGGCAGCAGGUGGUGAAGGCAUACCUGUUACUGGAAUCAUGUUAUGGGAUGGUCCUGUAGAUGGUAUAGCUACUUAUGAUUACUUAACUAAAGAGGAUUGGACUCAAUAUAUUUGUGAUUGUUGCCUGGAAGAUCCAGUACAACAGGCUUGUUCAUUCUGUAAUUGUUCAUCAUAUGAUGAUAUAACCACAACUUUUUCUGCUACAAUAAAGCCUCCAUAUGAGAUCGUAAAGAAUUCUGACGAUUCUAUAGUUACUGAACCAUUAGAUACACAGGUCCCUGUUGCACAGACAGCAUUUGGUGUACAGAUAUUUGCAGGUGUCAUACCUCAAGUAGUAACAUGGUGUCAGGCCUACAACAAUACACAGAGAUUAAUGAAGACUAAAAUAGAUUUAUCUUUUGAUCCAUCGGCAGCAUAUCAUCAGUACAAAGUAGCUGUCAGUCCACAGAAAGAUGAUGAAGUUAAUAUAAACUGGUGUAUAAAAGUGUAUGCAGAUGAUGAAGAACUAACAGAAAUCUGUGGUAUAGAACCACCUAGUACUUCUGCCAAACUUGUACUUCACAUAUGGAAUCGUAAUAACUAUGUACCAGAUAUAUCUGACUUAUUUAAUGUCUUCUCAGCUAAAGCAUACUUCAAAGACCUAAUCAUUCCACCUAAGAUUGGCACUAAAUGUCGCUAUGGUGAUCCGUUUAGGGGAGGUACUAAUCCAGUAAUUAAGUAUGAGGCUGGAAUUGGAACAGAAAAGUUACAGACAGAUGUUGUACCAUACAGAGAGAUAUAUAGGCCAUGUAUACCAUGCAAUACACAGUGUUCUUUACUUAACUGUCAGUCUGAUUGUGAUCUUAAUCAGCAUACUGUUGUGGCCUUCACUUUGGAUGACCUUGUUCUUGAACCUUUUAUUCUGACAGAAAAUGAGACAGGACAUCAAUACAACAAAACAGCCAUGUAUUAUACUACAGUUAAAGUAUUGUUAGGAUCAGGUCUAACCUCUGAAGGAUCAUCAGAUGGAUUCUACAUUGACCUGACUCCACCUGUAUUUGAACCUGAAGUCAUGACCCAGAUCUAUAUUGAUGUGACCCAGGGAGAGUUUACACCAGUGAAGUACCAAGCAUCCAGUGACACUAUAAAAGCUUACUGGUACUGUUAUGAUGAUGAAAGUUUAAUCAAGGAUAAUUUAUGGGCUAUUGGGACAACAAGUGGUGGAGAGGAGAUACAGUCAUUUACAUCACUAGGUGUCAGACAGAUUGGUAUAAACAGCUCACUAGAGAGAGUGCUGCAAAGUAACCAAACUUAUUAUGUCUCUAUAAUAUGUCAGAAUGGAGCAGGACAAAUCACACAGUGGAAUGAUAACAAAGGUGUAGUAGCUUUAUUGGAACCGCCUGAUGUUGAAGUCAUCAACACAACAGUGGUAGGAGCUGAAGAUUUUGAUCAACCUGUCACCCCUUCUAAUUCUAAACGUGGUACAGACCCUGACACUAUUGGCUUCUCAUUUUCCCUGAGUGAGGAUGAAGCAGUUACAAGAUAUGAUAUCUGUUUGGGAUCAUCCAAGAUAAAUGAUGAUAUUUUCCCUUGUACCUACAUCAGUGUUAACAUGUCUGGUACAGUUUUGAUAAAGAAUGGCUCUAUUUACAUGAAUGAGUACAAACUAUAUGAUUUGCAUGAACUCAGAAAAGACCAGAGUAGUUCUUCCACUAAUACCUUCCACAUGGAGCCAGGGAGAACUCUGUUUAUAACACUCAGAGCUUGUAAUGAUGCCUACCUAUGUAGUAACAAAUCCUUAGGAACGGUUACCAUGAUGGAUGAUAAAGCUGUGAUGAAGACAUCAAUGGGAGGUGAACCUCUAGAGGUGGAGUAUGAUAUGUCAGCUAACAGGAGGAAGAGGAGGAGUUUAGGGGAUACUCUUAUUAUAAUAACACCUGAUGGACUUGCCAUUGGACAAAGUAUAUUGAUGGAACCAUUAGAUAGUACUGAUUUAACAGCUGUUUAUGAUUCAGUAUCCUCAACAGCGUUCCAACCCUAUAUAGUAAAUCCUAAUGAUACCAUGGAUUUAGUAGACAGACUUCUUUAUAGAAGAUUAUCAACUAGUAUAUUUUCCUUUACUCUGGUACCCAUUGGACAUUUACCUAUGCCUGGACCAGUCAACAUAACUUAUUUUGAUACCACUACAGAUCGAGAUCAAAGGAUUAUGUUAACCCACUGGAAUCCAGUGGAUAAACAAUGGGAGCUGACCAGUAAGACUUGUGGUGACCAUAAUGAUACAGAAAUUAUAAACCCUGAUGGAAGUACUACUACAUUGGUUUGUAGUACCUGGAAGUCCAAAGAAGAAAAUUCUACAAUAAGUCGUAAGAAAAGAUCUACAUCACAGCUUGAGUAUUUGUCACAAGAGACACAGUUUUCUCUGUCAGUAGUGUCUACUACUAUAAUCAAUACACCACCAAGAUUGGUCAGUCCCGAGAAUGUAACUAUGGAGGAAGAUUCAGGAACUCUUCAGUAUUUACUAGAGGCAACAGAUGAUGAAGCAGAUACUAUUUUGUUUUAUUUAGAAGAUUCUACCUAUAUCAUGGGUACUCCAAGUCUAACUACUGAUGGAAUGCUGUUGUAUACUCCAUGUACAGACUGUACAGGAACAGAAUACAUACACAUACUCCUAACAGAACAUCAGACAGAUGUUCCAGCAGCCAGUUCUAUUGUCACAAUAGCUAUUGAUGUCAUCAGUCAGAAUGAUCACCCUGUUGUUUUCCUUACUCAGUUUGGUAGCUCUAUAUUGUUAGAGGAUACUAGUGAACCAGUUGUGGUAUACCUAGAACAGAAAACCAAUUACACACAACACGUCUGGUCUGACCAGUUCACAGUUGUGUUUGGAGCAUAUGAUAUUGAUGUACAAGACAAUUUAACUUUGAAGGUACAUGUAUCACAACUUGAUCAUGGAAAUAUUACAAUUUCCCAACAACAGUUGAUCCCUCCUGAUGUAGGACCAUGCCCUCAUGAUCCAUUGAUUGAUAGCUUACCUUGUGGGAAUUUCACUCAAACUUUACCAUACAAUGUAACAGAUAUGUCAUGGAUCUAUAUCACAGUGACCUAUAUUCAACCUGACAAUUACUAUGGUUAUGAUUAUAUAAAGCUGUAUGUGAUGGAUGAUAGGAACAGCUCAUCUGAAGUGGUUACCAUACAGUUUGCUAUUUUGAAAUCACCCUGUCAAAACAAAGGGGUGUGUCAAGCAAAGAACACCAGUAACUACCCUUGUGAAGAUACUCACAGAGCUGAAAGUUUUGAUCUCUAUUAUAACUGUGAAUGUCCACAAGAGUUUACUGGACUACAUUGUGAAGAGGAUGUGAAUGAAUGCCUAAGCAAACCUUGUCCAGAUUCUUACACCUGCACUAACAAGUAUGGUGGAUAUGAUUGUUCUUGUCCUGACUGUGGAUUGGCUACAUGGGCUAAAGCUGUGAUUGGUCUUUCUGUGAUUAUAGUCAUCAUUGCUAUCAUAGUGAUUGUAUACUGCAGGAUACAAGCUAGGUACAAAAAUAAAUGUUUCCAUCAUACAGGGAUUAUUACAGACACAGAUGAUGAAAUCACAGUCAGAGAUGAUUUGGACAUUUAUAAUGAUGGACAGAAUUUCAAAGCUGCAAGGGUUGAUGUGAAAAUGAAAUCAUCUCUGGUACCAGUGGAACAGAAUCCACCUGAAAACUUCAACCAUAUUCUCACAACCAAACAAAAGUCGUAUCAUAGUGGACCAUUAAAACGUAGAAGGGAUGUUUGUCAUGAACAUGAGGAUGAUGAAGAGGGUGGAUUUCAACAUCCUCAACCUGGUGGUGUUGUCAAAAUACUACUUGCAUCCGAUAGGGAAAAAUUACUCCAGAAACAUGGUGUGCCUGAUGUGAAAAAUUCAUUUGCAGAAAAUGGAGACCAUCCAGCUCCGGGAUCACAUCAAAUGAUGUCAUUUACAAAUGAAGCAAUGGAAUUAGAUCAGCUGUCCUUCCACCCAACUCAAGGAUUUCUGCAUCAACAAGAUAAUGGUGGCUUUGAACCCGAAGGCUGGAAUGAUACAGAGGAGAUGGAGGAUAUAGACCGGACAGAGCUUUUUAGGCGCAUAAUACUAAAGUCUGCAAUGAGACAAAACAACAAAACAGGCAAUCAAUAUGUUGCUCUGGAUGAUGUCAGUGAUGAAGAGAAAGAAACUGAUAUCUAAAGGACGAUUUGAACUGUUGAUAAUAUUUAAAUUUUGACUUUUUUUUUAUACAUUUUACUUUUCUAUUUUUUUAUCAAUUUACUUAGAUAAUAUUUAUUCAUAUUUUAAAACUAAACUUCAGUAACUUUUGUAGAGAUUCUGUCUUUCUUCUUCUUGUCAGUAUAUCCUGGCCAUUUUUUUUCUUAUGUCUGCUUACACUAUGUAUAAAAACUGAAAUUUUCUUGUUCAAUUGAUAAUUUUUGUUUGUUGACCAAUUUUCAAUAUUUUAUGAAAUUCCUGAUAUAGAUUAAGAGCAUUUUGUUUGACACUUGAAAUUGCAAAAAUAGUCAAAUUAUUCAAGCCUGAAGGAUCAGAUUCGUGUUAAUUUCAUAGAUUAAUGAACAGGUUAAUUAAUAUAAGGGAGCUACCAUUUAAUUUUUAUGGGGGGACUAGGAUGAAAUUUACAAUUUAUGUAAAAAAAAGUCAGGAUAAACUAAUAAUAAAAAAAAAAUGCAGGACCAAAUAGAGUGAAAAAUAAAAAGGCAGGACAGAGAUUACAACUAAAAAAAAUGCAGGACAUUUUUUUUCAUCCUAGCCCCCCUGCCCCCACCCCCUAGAAAUCAAAUGGUAGCUCCCUAAUCUGGACAUUUAGGUGCAGACAUAUAUAUCACCUGUGAUGACACUAUGAUGUAAUUAACAUGUCUAUUUUACAAAAACUUUUUGAUAAAACUAAAAUUUAUCAUUUUCAAAUAACUUUAUUUAAAACAUAUAUAUAUAUAUAUUUGGUCAGUUUUGGAUUUAUAUCAUAUUUUUUUACAUGAAUCUUUAGAAAUAAAAUAAUGCUUUAUUUGGUAUCAACUUUUAUCAGUCAUUCCAUAAAAAUGCUCUGUAGUUUUGAUUUAAUAACUUCCAACAUAAUAAAUUAAACAGAACAAUAAGGAGAAUCUGCUUUCUUUAUAUUGUAUCAAAGGUAGCAUUUCAGUAAUAAACAUUAUAUUGUAAGAAUUUUCCGUUUUUCAAGUUCUUUAAACUGAUUUUGAUUGAAAAUCAUUAACAAAAUUAAAAGUGUAGAAUGUAACUUAACAAUUUUUAUUUAUAAAUAUUGUAAUUUUGAAACGGACAUAAAAACAGUUUAUUUGUUAUUAUUUUCAGUUUUGUUUGCUCUGAAUACUAAAUUUGUAUGGACAGGUCUGAAAAAACAGGAUUAGAAAGACAAACUGUUGAAUUGCUUUAUAUUUUGGCUGAACAGAUGGAGAUACUAUACAAUAUAAAUAAAUUGUCAGAAAGAUCAAUGAUUUUAUGCUGGAAAAUCCAUGAUUACUGAAUCAUAAACAAUGUAGGUCCUUUUUAAAAUUGCAUCUUUUUUUUUAUUUAACUGUAAAAUGCUUCUUUAAAUUGAAUAACUGCUGAAGUAAUUGUUUUGCUUCAAAACUCAAACAGAACACAUGCAUAGAACAAAAUAACUGAUUUUUUUAAUUUUUAGAAGGAUAUGAGGAUAAAUAGAGAAGAAAUUAUCAAAUUGAUAUUUACACCUUUGUAUGCUAUGUCUAAACAGCUGUCAUGCACUCUGACUUUCAUGUAACCUUACUUAUAAAUAAAGCUUCCUGUCUUUAA